CUUUUUUCUUCAUACUUUCAACUGUCGUAUUUACAGCUCAUUAGAUCUCAUUCCUUAUUCCAUCUCACUUUGUUGCAUUUCCCUACAUUCAAGAAAAAUGGUGACCACUCUAGAGAUGUUGGCUGCAACUGUGCCUAACAGUGCUAACCUAUCAAAGAACCCUCCCUCCCCUUCUUCAAAAUCAACCACAAGUACAACGGGAACAAUCGAUGAUGAUAAUGAGAGCUCUUCUCAACACAUAUUCACUGUCGCAGCUCGCUCUUUAAAAGACUGCGCAGAUCUACUUUUGUCCAUCAAGGAUGCGGUUGCUGCAGAAAAAGAGGCUGAGCAGGACGAAGGCAAACACUCAGAUGUAAAUAGCAAGAAAGAAUCAUCGAUCAAGGCCAUUACGCCUUGUAAACGUUCUGAGAUUUAUACUAAACCAUCAGCCUUGGCCUGUCAAGGCACGAUUGGAAAGCAUGUUCGACACCUCCAUGAUCACUACCGUAUUCUUCUCACUUCUUAUCCUCCAUGCAUGGGCUCUGAUAAGCAUGAAUGGUCUGUGGACUAUGAUCAUCGGUCUCGGGAGAUCCCUAUGGAAACAGAUAUCGACGUCGCUAUCAGCGAACUUCAAAAGCUGCAACAUGCACUCGAGCGGUGUCGGUCACACCCACAAGAAGCAUCAUCAUUGAAGAUGACAACAGACUUAUCUAGUCCGGUAAAACUUCAGGCUACCAUUGAUCCUUCACAUGCACCUGUUACUUUCGAAACGACAUUUGGGCGUGAGCUCUGGUUCUGUAGUCUUCAUGCGGUCCAUCACUUUGCCAUGAUCAAAGUCAUUUGCAGUGAAUUCGGCAUAACAUCAACAGAGGGAUUCGGUGUUGCGCCUUCAACUCUCAAAAACAGGAUGAAAGCGUAGCAUAAUAACCGAUUUUUAUCCCAUUUUUGCUUGACGAAAUUUUGAAUUAGUUAUUUUCUAUUCACAGAUUAAUAAAGGAACUG